AUGAACUAUGAUUAUAUCUUUAAAAUUCUCUUAGUUGGAAACUCGGGGGUCGGAAAAACCUCGCUGAUACGUCGAUUCACGAAGGGAUAUUUCUCGGAAACAAUCGGCUCAACGAUCGGCGUGGACUUUUGUGUGAAAAGUUUGGAAAUUGAUGGUGAGAAGAUUAAACUACAAUGCUGGGAUACAGCAGGAAUGGAGACAUUUAAAUCCCUGACAAGAAGUUACUACGGGCAAGCGGACGCGGUUGUUUUAGUCUACGAUUUGAGCGAUAAGAAAAGUUUUGCAUCAAUUCCACAAUGGCUAGCCGACGUUAAGAAACAUACGCGCAAGAAAAAUAUCAUAAAAGUUUUAGUUGGAAACAAGAACGACUUAUGCGAGCGCGAAGUACCAUGUGCGUCUGGAAAAGCUCUGGCGGAAUUUGAAGAGAUGAUUUUUAUCGAGGCGUCCGCAAAGGAGGCUGAUAAUGUGAAUCUUACAUUCGAGACUCUCGCGCAAGAACUCAAACAACAGAUGCAGUGCAAGCUGAGUAAAGGUGAUCGUACGUCACGCGACUUACAAAAUGCCAGCACUGUCACCUUAACUGAACACGUGCAUGUCUCCGGGACUGUCACGUGCUGUAAAUUAUAA